GGAGGACAUAGCUUCGAGGGAGAAGGAACGCGGUCGCUGAGGGAGGGUUGUGAAGCGAGAGGGACAGAGAGAGGAAUAAAGAGAACGAUCGUUCCCGUGUGCGCGCGCGUGCGGCUGUGUCCGUCCACGUCCGAUUUCGCGUGUGUGUGUGGUAGCGCGCGCGCGUGCGUGUGCCUGUGGUGCCGCGUGUCCGUGAGCGUAUGCACGCGCGUGCGCGCGCGCGCACGCGUGGAGUGUGUGGGUGCGUGCGUGUGUGUGUGUAUGUGUAUAUAUGUACGAGCGUGCGGCAGUGAGAGAGCCGUGAGAGUUCCCGAGGAAGGAACAAAGGGAGUGGAGAAAAGAAAGACUGGUUGCGCGACGCGGCGUGGCACGGCGGCUUAAAAAGCAGCCAAGGGUGGCGCAACCUAAGCGCGGGAGAACGGCGCCGAGACUACCGAGAGAAGUGGUAGCGGACGCUUACGUGAACGAAACCUGGGGUGUUAAGGAGAAUAGCCCCGCGUCAACACGGACGACGCGGCGCGCGGCGCGCGGCGGCCGGACACGAACGCGUCGACCGCGUCGACGGGCCUGUCCCCCGAGGAAGGGACCGUCGCGCGCAACGCGAUCAAUUUUUGUUGCGGCGCGCGGGCGGCUUAGACCGUAGUAGAACGAACGCGGGACGAAAUGACGAGGCAACCGAGGUACCGAUAACCGGCCGGAUAAUGUUGUCGCAGAGCAAGUUUUACGCUCUUUUCAUCCACUACACAUUCGUGUAGCGCGACACGGGGCGGGUCCUUGCCGCUGCGGUGAAGAAUAGAGGAGAAGGAGGUGGAGGAGAAGGAGAAAUAGGAGGAGAAGGAAGAAGCAGAAGAAGAAGAAGAACACGAGGGGAAGGAAAAGAUCCUAUCACAGUGAGAGAGAAUAGAAACGAAAGUGAAGCGAGAGAUACGGAGAAGGGAAAAUCAUUCGAAACUAAAGAGAUAGCGUCUCGUAUCAGCCGUCGUGCGUGGUCGCCAUCGUCGCCCGAAGGCUGAAGAAAAAGAAGCAAGAAAAAGGAAUAAGUAAGACGGAAUUCGUGGCGUAACCGAAGGAACGGAGAGGGGCCGUACACGCGUGUAUACACGGCGGCACGCGUAUAUACACGCAGGUGGAGGGACAUCGCGCGAGGCGGAAUUUUAGCGCCACACGUCUCUCGUCGGUCGUUCUUCUUCUGCAUCGUCGGUGUGAAAGUGUAUAUCUUAAGUGUGUCGUCUCACGGUGCUCGGUUGUGCUACCCUUACAUCUCGAGCAAGGCCCGCGGAGGUAUCCCAGAACCCGCCCCCGCCCCCGCGCCCUCCCUCUCUCUCCGCUCUCGACGUCGCAGUGCCUCUCUUCUCUCCAUAUCGCUACGUUGCGCUUCUCUUUUACGUUCCCAGCAGUGACUAUCUACGCUGGAGAGUGUUCGACCUCCUCAACCAUAAAAAUCGACCGACUCGAAGAUUAGACUAUGUUAUUUCGGAUAACGGAUUGAUCGCACCCGUCGCUUCAUUUACACGUCGGACAUGAAAAAUCUUGGUUCGCGUUGGACGGUCCCCGACAUAGCACGCACUGCCGCAGCGCGUUCGUCAUUUCUCGUCGCCAUUUCGUUGGAACGAGAUUCAGGUAGCAGCAGCAGCAGCAGCAGCAGCAGCAGCAGCAGCAGCAGCAGCAGCAGCAGCAGCAGCAACAGCAGCAGCAGUACUCGCGUGACGGCGAUCGACAAGAAGAGGGAGAGCAAGAGUAGCGGCAGAUCGGCAAUCGACGUGCUGCACGGAGCGCCCUUAUCCGUCCGACCGUACGUAACGGCGUCGUGUGACCGCAUUGUCGGCACGACGCGUCCGGAAUCGACGACGCCCAGGAAUCGGCCGGUAGCCGGCAAGUCACGCCGCUUUCAGCACCGGACUCGUCGUCCUCGUCAGCCGCAACAGCAACUUUACUACCCCCCCGCGUCGUGGGACACGCGCACACUACACUUCAGGAACUGUUAG